AUGGCUGGCUUCCUCACGUUAUCCAGGUGGAGGGAGGAGUUGAGAGAAGGCCUGACGGAGUCGCCGAUGCUGCACUUGGACCUGUACAACUUCGACUGCCCGGAGGCCGAGGGCAGCCGCUACGUGCUCACCAGCCCCCGCUCGCUGGAAGCCUGCGCUCGGUGCGCCGUCAAGCCGGUGGAGCUCCUGGCCCGGUCCCUCAGCGAGCUGGUCAAGGAGGCCCCCGGCCGGUCCAUGCGAGUGGCCGCCGGCCUCUACGAAGUCUACGAGCUGGACCGGCAGAGGAAGCUGCAGCAGUGCCGGGAGGAAAGGGAAAGGAUUAUCCGCGAGGAGAAGAGGAGGCUCUUCGCGCCUCUGGGGAUCGGCAACCCGCCUUUCUCUCCCGCCUCCAGGAUCGCUUUCAAAAGCAACCCGGCCGCCGCCUCCUCGGCCCCCGUGGUCAAUGGGGGCGGCAGCCCGGCAAGGCAGCCCCGGGCUGGGCCAGGGGCAGGGCCGCCCUCGGCUGCCCCUCCUGCCACGGGCACCAGGGCCAAGAAGAGCCACUCCCUGGACUCCUUGCAAAAGAGGAGAGAGGGCUUAUCUACCAAAACCUCCUCUGACUCCGGAGCCUCUUCCUCCUACAGUGGGGACAGUUUUCGGGACAAAUGGCCCAAGGAGCUGCCCAGGACUAAGACAGUGGCCACUAUGACCUCCCUGGUGGGUCGGAGUUUCAGCCUGGGCGACCUGAGCCAUUCCCCACAGACCACCAAGAAAGUGGAGAGGAUUGUCCGGGAGAUGAAGAAGAAAGGCCUCAAGGAGGUGCCGGAGAGGGACCGGAAGAUUGCUGCCCUCAUGAUAGCCAAGCAGCAGGAGGAGAGCAUCCUGAAGGAGCAGAGGUAUAGCGCCCACCUGCAGUGGGACCUCCAGCGGAGACAGGUGGAGCGGAAGCGGGAGCAGGAGGAAAGGGAGAAGCAGAGGGCCCUGGUGCAGUGCCACCGGCUGUGGGAGUCCAAGCUGGAGAAGCGGCGGACCAAGCUGUCUCGUGAGCAAGAGGAGGCCGCCUUGUUGAAAUACAAGCAGAGCCUAAUGGAGGAGGAGAAGUGGCGGGAACACCUCGAGAAGCAGGAGAGGAUGAGGAGAGAGCGACUGGAGAAGGCUGCCCUUGAAGACAAGAAGAAGAAGUGCCACCAGGUGCACAACCUGAAGGCUCGUGAAGAAAGCAAGAAAGAGGCCAUUGAACAAGAGAUACAACUUCUGGAAGAGAAGCUGUCCCUGGCUGCCCAGAAAAGGCUGAAGAAGGAGCAGCAGCUACAGAGGGAGAAGAAGCUGCUCAACCAAGCUGAGAAGCGGAAGCACGCGGCCAUACUCAAGGAGUUGGCCAAGCAGGAAGCCGAAGAGAAGGCUGUACUCCGGGCUUCCUUGGAAGGGAACUUAAAUAAGGCCCAGGAGAACUAUGAGCAGUUGAUUGAGAAGAGGAACCAGGAACUGAGGGAGAGAGCGAAGCGGGAGGAGAGGCAACUUCAGAGGGCCAAGCUGGUGGCAGAGAAAAGGGCCAUGGAACAGAAGGAGCACUUGAAGGCUUUGGCUGAAGCCUCAGAGAGGAAGCUCCAGCACGCUGCCCAGGUGGUUGAGGAAGGUGUCCAGCAGAAAGCCCGAAAGGUGGUCCAAAGCCGGUUGGAGAAAGAAAAGUUGCAAAAAGUAAACAAGAGGAAAGUAGAGCAGUGUGAAGAUACUCGCCGCAGGGAGAUCCUGCUCUCUAUUGAGAAAAAGCUAGAACGGAGUGAACAGAUUUGUAAGGAGAAAAAAACAGUCCUGGAAAAUGCCAGGUCUGUUGCUCGGGCAUCAUUCCAUGUCCGGGAAAAGGUCCGGGAAGAGAUGAACAUGCGCACUUUUGACAAGAUGGCCUUUGAUGCAGAAUUGCAGGCUAGCCUCGUUAAAAAAUAAUCUGUAUGGGUGAUAGAUCUUCUGAAAGUUAUGGUCAAAAGAUUUAUCUAGGUGUUUUUUAAAAAACUAUUUAUUUACUAUUUAUUACUUUAGAAGAGCACAUGAACUCUGGCAGCUAUGUCAUAGUCCCCCCCCCCAAAAAAAUUUGUUAUAAUAAUUUGAAACUGUGUUUCUAUCAAUGCUACUGAGAAAAAGAGGUAUUCUCUUUAUAAAGCAGAAAAACAGGGAUAAACCAACUUAACGCUACAAUAAAAACUCCCCUAAACCUUAAGGGCCAUUUCAGUUUCACCUCUUUAAAUGACCAAAUAGCAGCUCCUUUCCUGCUGUCAUGCUGGAGAUUUAAUCCGGAUCCUGUUCACUUUGGAUCAGGCUGCAGCACUGCAUGCUCAAACAUAUAUGUUCUCAUUUUUGAAAAGAGUUUUGUUUUAUAGUGGUUGGCCCGUAUAGUGCACUUUAUCCAUGCUGUUAGAAACACUGUGGCUUGUAAUAAUUUAAAAACCAAAACGCAAGCAAAUGUCUGAUUAGCCCUAAUCCAUGAUCCAAAAACAAUAUUCAGAAAUCCUUUGUUCCAAUGAAAUGGCAAAUGCUCACAAGAUGUUUACAGUCCCUUUCAUUGCCCCUUUGCAGACAGUUGUAUCUGGGAGUUACUGAUUGGGAGAAACAUGGUAGAAAGAGCAGGCUUGCCAAUACUGUUGCAACUGCUAAGGUGCAAGAAUCAUUGCAGUGAAAGUGGUUGGAGACAUCAUAAAGCCAAGUGCUCUGUGUAUAUCAUGAAAACACUACCUAGUUACACUCAAAUGCAUUCCACUUUUUCAUAAAGAAUUCAGGUCAGUGUGCCUAAAAGAAGAAGAGGUCAUUUCAUCUAAUUGUGGAGCAUGGAAGUUAAUACCACAUAGGUAAAGGUAAAGGUUCCCCUUGACAUUUAGUCCAGUCAUG